UUAAGCAUUCCCAUAUAGCUCUCGAAUCCACUCCUUCAUAAUAGUCUUAUGAUACGGUGACAUUCCAACUACAACGUCUCUGCGGGGAUACAGAUCCACAUUACGCGUUUUCAACCCAGUUUUGUACCUCCGUUCACAUCCGCUGGACCAUUGUUCUGUUUUUGACUCUAAGGUCCAUUUAUAGAUAUAUCUAUAUACUAACCGGGUGAUUAGAAAAAAAAGGCUUUGAAAAAACAACCAUUCCAAUUCUUUAAACUAUAAGAAACAAGUUCAUAAAAAUAAAAAAGUUUAACCUAAAAAAACAGCCCAAAAUUUUAAGUCAAUACUGCGGUGAUUACAAAAAUGUAAUCUCUUCCAACAAAAAGUGCCAUUUUUGUGUGAAAACUGUGCGAGAAUCCCACCCCAUUCUGAUGUUCUUCACUGAAAAAGCAUAAAACGGAUACAGAAACUUGUGAAAAAUAGAAGAAUAAAAAAGUCUCCAAUAUUUAUGUAGUUGCACAAUGACAUAUUUUGUUUCCGCUCGGGUGUUUCUUUCAUUCAGUGAACCACGUAAACAGUGAAAAAUUUUCCAGCCUCCUUCUUUCCAACCACAAAAUAAAAAAAAAUAAAGUCCCAAAAAAUUUGCACAAUUAAAACCGCAGUCAGUGUAGGUACCUACCUUAAAUCUACACACAUCACUCUCUAAAUGUGUGUUUACACUUGCUGGCAUGCAUUUGCAUUAAAAAAGAAAUAAAAGUACCUGCAUGCAUAAAACGGGAAAACGAAAACCGUCAUUUAUAUUAAUCGUGUGUAUAGUGUAGAGUGUGCCCACAGGUUUUAAUCUACUAAUGGUGUUCUAAUUAUUAUUAUCUGCUCCACAUUUUUGGGAUUAUAAAAUGUUUUCAACUUCAAACACGGAUCUAUUUGGUUUUUGCUGUCGUUGUCAACAACUACAACACUGUCACUAUCACUAUCGCACUCGCCACCAUUAAAUAAAUGCAAAACGCUCGUGUACCGUUAUUAUUCGUUGUUGUCUUUGUCGUUGUCAUUGUCAUUAGCGUUGUCGGUUGACGUUUAACGGUCGCCUUAGUCUCGUCGUCGUUGUCGUGUGGCAGUGUCAUUCUAUGGCACACAAAACUAAUGGAUGUUAAUUGAAUUUAACUAGGAUUUUGGAGAAACAGAAAAAAAAUACCGAAAAGAACAGCACCCGGUGACGGUGAACGUUGAAACUACGAGUCGUGUUUCCUGUAAUUUCCAUCGGAUGCUUCAAACAGCACAUUUCCGCCAUCAUCGUCGCGUCCUUUUACAACAGCAGUCAAACUAACUACGGAGAGAGACUACGGCCGAACCGAAUAGUAGAUUGGAGUUCAGUGUGAAUGCGAAUUCAAUUAUGGUCGUCGAAUGUCGAAUGGAAAUUACAAAUUAUUAUUUAUCCCGCUAUAAGAAAAUUUAAAUCGAAAUCCAAAAUCGAAAUGAAAGUGAGCGAGUAAAAUUGCAAUCAACUUGUAACGUAACGGCUGUGGAACGCAUUCAAGGGAGAGGCGGCAACAAAACGAGACAGAGAUAAAAACAGAGACAGAAAAUAAAUAUCAAAUCUCGCUUACGAGCUUACGAGGCACUUUUUGUGUGGAGCCUCCUCCCUACUUAGCAUAUUUUUGUGCUUCAAACUGAUGAUUCAAGUCCCAUGGUAUUGAUAUGAAGUGCUGAAUGCAUGAAUGGUUAUAUGUUAUAGGAAAUUAGAAAAGGCAAGGAUGAUAGCAGGCCUAACCCGUUAUGUUUAGUGGGGUGUGCGUUAGUGUUACGUUACACGCGGCAUCAAAAUUGAUUAAGAGGGAAAUUCAAUUUCAUGUAUGGUGAAAGAGAACGAAAACGAUUCAAUAUCAAAAAGAAGAAGUUUAAUGGUGAAUUGGAUAUACCGUGGAAUAAUAAAACAGCCUUUGAGUCUGUGAAAACGUUGAGGUUCAGAUUAUGAACAAAAAACCUCCACCGCCUAUUCAAUUGACUACAUUCGUUAGUAGCGUCAAGAAUCCGACAAGUCCUUCAAUGUGUUUUCCAUCGUCAAAGAACGAAAAACAACGUGAACAUCAUCCUGGACUAUGUGGUUGCCAACGGGCGCCCAAAUCACAUUGUAUUUCUGCAACUGGUGUCCUAAUAUUGGUGCUCCUGUACACCGCAAUGGGUUCGAUUAUUUUCGUAACACUUGAGGGUGAAGUCGAUGAUAGCAACUCCUUGGAAACUGCUGUGGCCGCAUCAAAGCCAUAUCCCCGGACAGAACUGGCGAAUGCUGAAAUAAGAUCAAGGACCGUCGAUCGACUGUGGUCAAUUACGGAAGAUUUGAACAUUUUGUAUAAGGAAAAUUGGACGCGAUUGGCUGCCCAAGAAGUGCAACAUUUUCAGGAUACUCUACUUCGAGCUGUGCGUCAAUCAAAAGUGCAACAACCUGGUGUCCAAUUGAUGCUGCCGACUGGACACAAAUGGUCCUACGCUUCAGCCUUCCUCUACUCCCUCACUCUGAUAACAACAAUCGGAUAUGGUGGUGUAUCCCCUCGAACCCAGUGGGGCCGGAUAGCUGCUCUAAUCUACGCCCUCUUCGGCAUUCCAAUUAUUCUGCUUUAUCUCUCUGCAAUGGGCGAGGGAUUAUCGUCGGCAAUGCGUUGUCUGUUCCGGAAGGCACGUCCGAAAAAUCCAGGAGGCUCAUCCGGGACGAAGGCACCUCCACAAGACCCAUCAGCCAGUGCAGCAGCCAAUCACUUUGCUCAUCACACAGCCGGCAAGAUUCACCAUUACACAAUGCCAUCAUAUCAACUCGCCACUUCGCCUAGUGUGCCCAUAUCCAUAUGCAUCAUGGUACUCAUAUGCUACGUAACCCUGGGGGCGGUAAUAUUUCAUAAAAUGCAGAACUGGAGUGUUCUGGAAUCUCUGUAUUUUUGCUUCACUUCUCUCGGUACCAUCGGUUUCGGCGAUCUCGCUCCCACGGGCAAUCUAAGUCUCUACCUGGCCUCUGGCUAUAUUCUCAUCGGAAUGGCGGUAGUCGCCAUGUGCUUCAGUCUUAUUCAGACCGAAAUAAUUCUCUGGUUGCGCAAAUUUAGUGUGCAAGACCAUGUGCUGCCCGCUUCCGAUGAUGUUGCUUUGGUGUCGGUGUCUGUGACCCCCAAGUCCUGACAGCGCCAGACCGAACUCAUGCCCAAUAACCAUCAAAAUCCACUCUUCGCACAGCACACACUCACCCAGUACAGCUCGCUGCCGCGUCGUUCGUCGGCCUUCCAACGCAAUACUCCGGUCCGUAGGUCAACUGGAGUUGGAGUUCCAGAAAACCACAUGGAAUAUUUUGUGCCACGUAGUAUAAGUGAGUUCAAUCUCUCAGGUGUGGGAGAUCUGGCUCUGCCACCGCCAAGACGUUCGCCCAUUCAAGUCAGCAAUACCAGCCAUAAUUUACAGACUCAGACAAUUAUGUGUGCCCCACCUCCACCGCCCCCACCACAGAUCCUAAUGAAACCUCGCGAAAAAAUGGUUACGUUCGAAGACGAGUCCAGCGGCAAGGGAACAACUUGUCCGCAUGGUGUCCCAACAACACCCAGAAAAGUGACAGGGCCAGUUAGUGGAGAUGUGUUUAUGUGACGUGAACAAUUGUGACCAUCCGAAGGCAUCAACGACGAAGAAGUUGUCGAAUACAGGGUGGUUGAAGGUAAGGAAACGUGUAGCCUUGAAGACGGCAAUGAUCUCAAAAGCUCAUCGCCAGGCGAUGUUAUAUGUGUAUAAACAAGUAGAUGGCAUUAUAGUUGGUAUAUAGUAAUGUAUGUAUGUGUAUCUUUAAGAUGUAUGAGGCUUAGAUAAUAAGACUAUAAGAUAUUAUGUGUAGAUUUGAGGGUAAUGUGGCGAAAUGUUUUUAUUUUUAGUCUUUCCUUAAUUCAUUCUUAACCAUUAUGAUAAUAUGCGCAGUUUCAUUUUUAUACACUUCGUGUCACUUGAAUAAAUUGCGUCACAUUUUCAUAAUAAUUUCUUUCGAAUAUCCGCAUUUUGAAACAUAUAAAUAAUUUAUCAGUCUAGGUUUUGAUUUAUUUUCCAUUAGGGGGUUUCAAUUUGAAUAGCAAACAUUAUCUGUAGCAACUGUCAUUUUUGUAGCUGUCAUUUAUUGACAGUUGACAAGUAAAACGUAUGCUAUUACAAACAUGGAAUAAUACACUUUU